AUGGCUGCUACAUCCUAUUCAACAUUGCCUCCUAGUACGUAUGUUGGUUAUGGAUCGAGACCUGAUCCCUAUCAAUCAACUAGUUUUGGUGCACUUGAUGCAAGUUCAGGCCCGUUAGCAUCACAUCCUUAUCAAUAUGAAACAAGUAGUUUCAAUGUUAAUCCUGCUGAUAAUCAACAAGUAAAAUUGCACGCAUAUUCAAGUUCGAAAGCACCCGUUAAAAUCGAUAGACCAAUAGAUGCGAAUAGAAAGACUAAUAGUAAUAAUAAUAAUAAUAAUAAUAAUAAUAAUAAUACAAGUUAUGAUAAGAUGACUAUUGCACAAACAUCACAGAGAACAAAUACGAACACUCAACAAGUGGCAUCUAAGAACCAACAACAGAAUUCACACGGGUACAAAACACAGCAACGUCCACAAGUUGUCGACGAUAGCCAGUCCAAUCGAUCUCAAACACAUCUCAUUCGGUCUGAACUUCAAAUCUCAGGUCAUAAUCCCAAAGAGCAACAACAACAACUUAAAACGCAACCACCUCUACAAGCAAAUUUUACUCGAUCUGAGCAUCAAAUGCCCAAAGGUCGUGCAACACCUCCGAUUCAACAUCGUUCUUUAUCCAAUGGUCCGAAUAAUAAUAAUAAUAAUACUUUUAAUGAUCCAUCAACGAAAACGAGUAGUUUCUUGCUAGACUUGAAACCUACGAAAUCAAGUGUUAUGCGAGCUGCAGCUAUAAAACACAAAGAAAAAAGCCUUGAAAAAAAACGUCAAGAUCAAUAUUUUCCGACAAGUGAAAAUAAACCUAAAUUUCACCAUGACAGUCCGAAAACAGAUAUUGGACAUAGCAGAAAAGAAAAACCAGUUCGUGACAAAAAACAAUCUCAUUCAGUACCAAAACAACAUACAAGUCGUCGUGAUGAACAUCGUGAACACGACAACAAAAGCUCGGGCGACGAAGGUCAGCAUAGACAACAUCAUCGAAGUAAAUCUCAGAAGAAAACAAAAUUUUCUGAUGAACAUCAUGAGAAACAUCUACAUCUUCCUCCAAUUCGUCGUGGUCGAUUACUACCCUAUCAAGAUCCCUUCGUAGAUUACCCAUUACCUCCUGGUCAUCAUCUAGGAGGACAAUAUCCAUACCCUGAUUACUAUCCACCCUAUGGACCUUAUCCUGGCCCAUACGGUGGUCAUCAUUUGUAUGGAGAACAUGGUGAUAUUCCACCUUAUCUUCCACCUUAUCAUGAUCCUUAUGAUCCAUUUUUUGAUUAUCAAAAACGAAGAGCUAAACCAAAACGACCUACAGAUAAACAUGAUGCUCAUAGUGAUCAUGACGAACGCAAUGGUCGCGCAAAUGGAUAUGAAACUGAACCUGACGAUCGUGCUAAAAGUCAACUAUCAAGAAAAAGUAAAAGUAAACAUUCAACUCAUGAUACUGGUGGUCGAAAAAGUCGUCGUGACGAUGAAGAAUAUUCGCGAACAAAUUGGCCGCCAGGAUAUUAUCAUUCACAACUUUAUCAUGGUCAAGAUAUGCUUGAAAUUUGGCGUCAAGAACGCAACGAUUAUUUAAAGAGAAAAUUCAAACCAUCGAUUCACGAUGUUCUUUAUUCUCAACAAUUUAUGAAAGCAGAUGGUUAUUUAGAAAAUCAACGACGACGUGUAUUACGUGAUGCACAAGGUUAUUAUUUUCCAUAUAAAAAAUACACAUUGAAAGAUUAUAAAGAUAUACAAAAAUUGAACGUACAAAAUCCAUUUGCUGAAGUUAACGAAGCUGUUAUUGAUCGAAAAGAACGUGCGAGAAAACGUCAAGAAUAUGGAGCACAAGUUGAACGACAAAUGGUAGAUAAUCCUGGAACACGCCAAAUACCACCACGUGAAAUGGCACCUCGAGAACCGUGGCAUUUAAGUAAUUCGGACAUACGUGAGCUUGAAAAAGCAGCAUCAAAAAGAGAACGAGCUCUUGAAUAUGCUAAAGAGCAAGUAAAAUAUCAGCCAAUGGAUUCAACAAGAGAUUAUCAUGCAGAUGAUUCUAAUGAACGACAUGCAGAUGAUUAUUUGCCAAGACAGCAUAAUGAUCAUGACAGAUCAAUGCUUGCUUAUGCCGAGAUAGUACCGGUUACGCAACGUAGUAAACGUAAUCGUGCAUGUUUUGCCGAACUAAAAUGUGGAGAUAAAUCGGAGAAUUUAUCGAUUUCUGUUGAAGGUCUACCAGGUUUACGAGGACCACCGGGACCACCAGGUCCACCCGGGCCAAUGGGUCUACAAGGUUUUACAGGUCCACCUGGUCGUGAUGGUUUUAUUGAACGUCCACCUUCAUUUUAUGCUGAAUUACGACGUUUAUUUACUACAAAAAAUACUGACAGUAUACUUCGACCGUGGAUAUUAAACGAAGCAGUCAAUGCGCCGGAUGUAUCAUAUUAUUUCUCACAAGAAAAUGGUAUAUUUACUGUUCCGACCAAUGGUCUUUAUCAUUUUUUUCUUACGAUAUCUAUUUCGAAAGCUAAGGCAUCAGUUUACAUUGCUCGAAAUGGAGAAAGUGUACGAAACGUAUGGGUCGAAUCAGUAGCAACAAUAAAUAAUGAAACAUUAGCAUGGGGUUGGGCGAGUGGUUCCGUUGAUUGUCUUCUCUAUUGCCAAACAGGUGAUCAAAUAAAUGUUAUUGCUGCUUAUCGUCCUAAUGAAAAUUUCAAUUCUCAAGUGUUCGGUUAUUCCUAUUCAACAUUCUCUGGAUAUAUGUUAUAUAAUGUUUAG